GAGGUCUGGGUCUGUUCUCUUCACCGCAAACCGACUCAUGAAAACUCAGACAGCUUUUUAACCGCAGGUGGUUGGACACUUUGCGCCACAUGGAGACGUAGCGGACACGUUUUUUCUUGGCUGUUGAUCGCAGACUGACUUCAGUGAAGCGUUUUGAGUCAUGACUUUCGCCAUGCUGCGGCCCGUGGCCACGCACCUGAUCUACUCGGACUUCACCGUCACCUCGGAGGAGGACGACGAGAACCGCAGCGAGAGCGACGGCGGCUCGGAGCAGAGCUACUGCGGCUCCUCGGAGAAACGCAGGCGGAUCUCCCACAAGCCGGAGCCGGGGGACACUGCGGUGGUGAUGAAGCAGAGGAGCGCGGCCAACGCCAGGGAGAGAGGCAGGACGCAGAGCGUCAACACCGCCUUCACGGCUCUCCGGACUCUCAUCCCCACCGAGCCCGUGGACAGGAGGCUGUCCAAGAUCGAAACGCUGCGGCUCGCCUCCAGCUACAUCUCCCACCUGGCCAACGUGCUCCUGAUUGGAGACGGCGGCGCCGACGGACAGCCGUGCCUCGGCCCGGUGCACGCGCAGGGGGAAAGCGGGGGGAAGCAGCCGCGGAGCAUCUGCACCUUCUGUCUGAGCAACCAGAGAAGAGGGAUUAAAGAUGGAAAGGAGUGUUUGAAAAUGCGAGGGCUGGGUCCGCUGCGAAUGAGGCGCUGACUGAAGAGCGAAGGAUUAAAGCAACCUGAACACCCUCAAAGACUAUAUCUCAGGGAAGAGCUGAAGCUGGGUUUUGUUUUGUUUUUGUUUUUUACAGAGCGGUGCACACCCGUGUAUGUUUUGUACACAUGCUGGAUUAAAUGAUGGAGCCGAAGAAGAGACUAUUUAUACUUGAUCAGAGACCUGAGCAUUAGACUUUCAAAGAUGCUGUGCAUUUGUUUGAAACUUGGUUAGUCUUGUCCCCUUUUUUUUAUAUUUGGCAGAAGUUUUAAAUAAAAAUAUAUUUUAUGAAAAAUGAAAA